GCUUACGCUACCUGUCUGUUGCUUACAAGGUAGUUGCAGUUUUUGGCCAAGUGGAUAACAUAUCACGUGCGCAGUUUCAAUUAUUGCUAAUGGGAGGGCGAUCAGACCGUGGUCACUGUCCCGUACCUCUCUCGUGCUAAUGGCCCUGGAAGCACUGACUGCACGACCGAAUCUGGAAGACAAUGAAGAGUUGUUUUCCAGGCUGGCCUUACAGCUUACUGGCAAUCAGAAACAGCUGAUAGAAACGUCACAAUGGGCACGAGAUUAUGUCGCCACGCUUACAUCCAUGUCCCUGGAAGACCUGCAUGCACAACCACAUAAGCUCACACAGGAAGAUUCAGCCGUCGAGAGAGAAAUCAUGACACUGGCAUUUAAAGAAUACCCCACAUUUAUUCGAGCCGAGAAAUGUCGAAGCGACAUUGGUGACAGUUUCGUCAAGAUGGAAGAUCAAUUGAACAACCUGUCACAGUCACUGCCUGAUUUCGAACAGCUAUGCAAGGAAUUCGCUACAGAUGCAAAAGCCUUGACGGAAGAGAGACAGAAAACCGAAAAAGUCCUAGAAGACUUGGAUGUCCUUGUCGACAUUUUUGAAAUCCCUCAGCUCAUGGAUACCUGUGUUCGAAAUGGCUAUUACUCUGAGGCGAUGGAUCUAACAGCACACGUAUCACUUUUAUUAAUGCGCUACAACAACAUUCCCAUCAUACAAAAUAUUCACGAAAAAGUCCAACGGUCGUCGGACAUGAUGUUAAUACAGCUCAUCUCUCUCUUGAGGGGCCCGAUCAAGCUACCAGCCGCCAUGAAUGUCAUUGGCUAUUUGCGACAGAUGAGUUCCUUCGAAACAGAAAAUGAAUUACGAAUAUUGUUCUUGCGAUGUCGCGGUGACUACUUGAACCAACGCAUAGAACAUGUCAAGAAAGUCAGUACGGUUGAAUUGGAUGGCAAGACCGAUUGGCAGCGGUUAGGAAGAGAUUCCUUUGAGUACAUCAAGCAAUACAUCGAUGUCAUCCGAGAACAAGUAUUUGAAAUCAUCACGCAAUAUAGCUCAAUGUUCUCCGACAAGCUAUACGGAUCAACAGACGAUCAAGCGCAGUCUGGUACCACAGAGCUGCUCACGGCAGGUGCAACACUAUCUGACUAUGUCACGUAUAUAUUGGAGGAAAUGCGGCGGACGAUUGAGGAACAUCUAGUCAACAUCAAGGAUAUCUCACAAUUGUCGUCUUUAUUGACUCAACUCAUGUACUGUGGAAUGUCCUUAGGCAGAGUCGGGCUGGAUUUCCGAUCACUAUUUGCCAUGCGAUUUCAAGACGCCAUGUUGAAACUCACGCAAAGCUUGAUUGAUGAUGCAAAGAAAGGGUUUCUGGAUGCCAUUAUCAAAGCUAAAACUGAAAAUAUACCACCCUCGCAAUGGAUGGCAACCAAAUCCAGUAGCAAGCAGCAAACGGAGGAAACACCAGAGGGACAAAGCAGACAGCAGAUAGUGUCUCAAUUAAUAGAAUAUCCCGUCAUUGCUGUUUUUACCAACGCUAUAUUAAGCUUGUUCAAUGAACUUCGCUUAUUGGCUCCCAUCGCCCUUGUCCAGCCUAUCAACAACUACCUCGAGGCAACUCAUUUGGAAAUUGCUCAACAAAUCCAAAUUUAUGCUGCGCCUUAUCUUCUCACUGAUAGCUCGACAAAGCAGAACAUCAAGACCGAGCAAAGCGUCAUACGAUCGUUUGCUUCUGGUUACAUUCGAUGUUGUGUACCGUAUUUGCGACAGUGCCUACUGGAUGGCAUCUAUGCUGACGUGUACCUUGAAGAAGUCAGUAGUAAUGGAUUAGAAAGCGAGAUGAAGGAUAUUCUUCCCGUGCUGAGUGAGCUUGUGAAUGUAGAAGACGCCGCCUUAGAAAAUCAGGCUCGAGAUGAGCAGAGCGAAGUGGUUUAAAUUGCCGCUUUGUGGUAAAAAAUAAAAAAAAAUCCCACCCAGAACAUCUGCUGAC